CAUUACUUUACUUGGUUCGAGAAUGGAUCAGUUGCAUGCAAAAGGAAAAGGGAAGGCACGCGAAGAGGAGGCCACGGAGUUGGCUACGUAUUUUGCAAAGUUCUCGGCAGCGUUGACACAGAUUGAGGAGGAAUUGACUCGAUGGAAGGGCUAUGAAGAGGAUUAUAGGGCUCUUAAAUCUACACUACUAGACUUGCCAAAGGAAACUACGCAUUCAGUUAUGGUUCCUAUCGGUAAUUUAGCCUUUAUGCCAGGAAAACUAGUGCAUACAAACGAAAUUCUUGUCAUGCUUGGAGAUAAUUGGUUUGUAGAUCGGUCUGCCGUUCAGGCUGCCGAAAUUGUGGACAGGCGAAUAGAAUUUGUCCAUGAAAAUCUUGCAAAGCUACAGGCACAGGAGGAGCAAAUUCGAUCAAAGAGUGGAAUAGCCCCGGGACUGUUAGGUGGUCAAGAAUAUAACGAAGAAGGUCUUCCCAUUGUCGAGAUCACGGAACCUUAUUUCUCAGAUGAUGAAGAAAACAAAGAUGAAAAAUCAAAACAGCCAGCUCUCUUGCCCUUCUCUCAAAAAACACCUGAGGAACAAGCUGAAGAUCGAGCAAUUUUGGAUAGAAUUGCAGAACUUGAACGUGAGGAUGAAGAGAGAGAACGUCGCAGAGAGGCUGGGGAGAUUGUGACAUCAGAAGAGGAGACAGAUUCAGAUGAUAAUGGCCUUCCAAUAGAAUACGACGAUGAAGAUAGCGCAGAUGAAUUUAGACCAAAAGGGCUCGAUUCUGAUGAAGAAUACGAGGAAGAGGUUUGGGAGCAUUCUGAUGAUGAGGAUGAGGAAGAUGCUUAUGAGGGUACAUCUAGAAAGCCUGGAGAAAAAGCUGUUCGUUUUGCAGAUCAAGUCGCUAAGGCUAUAAAGUCAAAAUCAAACUCAAAGUCAACUCUCGUAGCACCACCAUCAGUAUCAGCUCCUACCACAACAAGCCCUUCAGCAACGAAGGCCAAAUCGCCUUCAGAUCUAAUCAAUCAGAUGAAAGCAAAGCAGCAAGCUGUUAGGUCAGCUGCCACAUCGGAGCAAAUUGUAAACAUGGCUAAUUUGGAGUCUACAUUUGCCAACUUGACAACCGUCCCACCCAGUGUCAAAGCACCAGUUUUUGAGGAGAAAAAUAAGCCUGAACCAGCACCCCUCAAAUCCGCAUUGAAACCACCACCAAAAAAGACAUCAUUGUUCAAGCAGAUGCGAGCUGAAGCAGAAGAAAAGACAAAAAACACCCCCGUCCUUGUAGAGUCUAUCGAUGUUGCUCAGGAUAUCCCGCCUAAGAAACUAUCAAAAUUUGCCAGAGAUCGUGCAGCUGCAGGGAAAUCAACUUCGGCUAAUACUACAUUGGCCAAGCCGGCAGUAAUGGGAGCAUCGGAGAAUGUAUCCGAGAAAAAUGUUGUCGAGCUGCCAGUGUCGCCAUUAGCACAAGCUAAGAACAAAAUGAACAUCCCUGAAGCCUCUGAGGUUGUCGAGCGGAAUGUAUCACCAGCAAUACCUUCUAUCUCCGAGUCUCGCCUUCUCUCGAAAGCAAUGGUUAGUGAAGUUAAGGAAGCUACACCUGGCAAAUCAUCCAUCUCUAACCUCACUACCCAAGGAUUUGAAGAGCCGCUACCAAGUCGCAGAAAGCCUUCCUUAUUUCGUCGACAACAGCAGAAUCAAGCAAUAAACCACUUGGAACCAGAGCCAGCAGUGCCAGAGGCUAGCUUCGUGGACCCUGACGACGAUAAUGAUAUCAAGGAAUAUCGAUCUGUUAAGGCUAUCCCCACUGUAGUGUCAGCCCGAUCGAUUUCAUCAUCUGCCUCUAAAGAGCCUGUUACAAGCCCUUCAGAGCCAAAAUCUGAAAAUGAUGUGGGCCCGAUUAUACCUGCUGAUCCAGCAAAACGUAUCAUCCCUGUCGCUGCCAGCUCGAAACUAAGAGAUACUUCUUUAAUGAAAGGCGCUGUAGUGGAACAUGAGGAGUUUGAGCCAGUGGAUGAAGAUGAGCUCGAGGAUGAUAUGCUAAUGCGUCAGGUACUUUGUGAAGAAAAGGAGGCACAAAAAAAAAAAACGCCUUUUUUGACUAACUCCUUCCGUUGUCUUUUGUAAUGUUCUAGGUAGUCACUGAAUAUCAAGAGCGCAGACAAGCUAUGAUUGCCAAACACGGUGCUUUCAAUCGUGAGG